AUGCAAACAGUUCGCGAAAAGCUCGCCAACGGCCUCGAGCCCAUUCGGCCGAGCCGACGCCGUUCGAACAUGGAAAUCGCGCGCAUUUGCCUCUCCUACGGUAUGAAUUUCAUGUUUGGUAUCAGCGCCGCAGCAAUCGGAUCCAAGUCAGUCGGCGCGCAUGCUUACGAUGUGCAGCAAAAGUACCAAAACUGAGCACGCGCCCUCUUGCUUGUUCUGCUACAGCAUCCCAUCCAUCAGCGCGCAGUACCACGUUUCGUUCGCGCUCCUGUCAACCGUAUUCUUGACCAACCGAGUCGGGUCAGUCCGAUCAAAACCCCUCUCUUCUCUUCCUACUCACACCUAAGGGACGAACGACGGCUAAACGCUCGCUUGAAACGUACGCGCAAUGUAGAUUCUUCCUGGCCUGCGUCCUCUCGUCGUACUUGAUGCACAACUUUGGCGUGCGCGCGACGCUCAUGUGUGGCAAUGCGUUCUGGGUCAUGAGCUGCCUCAUCCUGCUCCUUCAACCUUCGUUUGCUCUCGUCGUGCUCGCGUUCACGGGCAUGGGCGCUGGCACUGGCCUCACCGAACCGGCGAUCGUCACCGUCAUCACUCGCGAACAGAGUCCCGGUGAGUUUCAAGAGACUUUCCGCGCGAAAGCCAAAGAACAACCCAUUUACCCCUGACCACCACCCUGCUCCAAUGAUCACACCCAGUCCUCACCUCGUGCCUCUACAGCUCCUUCGCCUUCGGCGCCAUCUUUUCCCCCCUCAUCAACGGUUCCUUUGCCGAUCGCAAUAUCCUCUGGACCAACUUUUUCUACAUACCCCUCGGGCUCUGUGUGCUCCUUUCGAUCGCAAACGUUUUCAUCUUCCGCACCUACGAAGCCGAUCUAUUGAAAGCCGAGCAAGAGGAACUGCGCCGCCGCACCGUCGUCAAUUUUGCGAUUCGGUACCCCACGCGUUCAGAAACCGAGGGUCAAGAUCGACGCAAGUCAUUGUUCCUCUCUACCUCGGCGGUCAAGAACACCCAGAACACCUAUCCUGAAGCCCGAGAAGACGGCUUGACACGUGAAGCGACGCAUUCGUCCUCCACAUCGUCCAAGCCCAAUGCGACGGCGCUUUUGCUGCGCGUGUUGCGCCACAAGGUGACCUGGAUCGGAUUUGCGCUCAUCGUCUUGACCAUGUCCGAAGGGGAGACUCUCGGAGGGUGGUCGACGACGUACUUUCUCCAGGUCAAGCAUGCGCCCGCGGGGAUGUCAAGGUACAUCUCUUCGGGCAAAUGGACAGGUGAGUCGUCCUGGGUCGGUAUCAGAUUUUGUCAAUUCCGACAAGCUAACCUACAGCCCUUCUCUGACCACAGGUAACGCCAUCGGCCGCAUCCUCUUGCCAAUUCUCUUCCUUCGCCUCCUCGGCGAAAAGACCUUCGCGAUCGCGAUUCUCCUCAUCGCCUGCGGCAUGCAACUCAUCGUCGCCCUCCUCCCUUCUUGGAAAGCCAGUGCUAUUGCUUCCGCCUUUUUCGGCUUUGUCAUUGGACCCAUCAUCCCCCACGUCCUCUCGAUGGUCGGGUCCCGCGUCCCGAAUGAUUUGAUGGCUCCGGCCAUGUCGUUGAUGCUGGCCAGUGGAGUCGCGGGUGGUGCAUUGGGACCCAUGUUGUUUGGUGUUGUGGGCGCGUCCAAGGGGCAUUUGAACGCUCUGCCGUUCGUGGUGAUUGGGUUGUUGGGCCUUAGUGCUCUAGGGUGGUUGUUCGUCCCAAGAAAGAAGGAAAACGGUGUCGUGGCAGUCGAGGUAGACUUUCAGUAG